UUUGUAUUUGAGAGACUCAAUGUGCGCCUUUCAAGCCUGGUUCUCAGACUAAGUAUACACUGGGAGUACACAAUAUUUGUAUGAGUGUAAAGCCCGAUUUCUUCUCUUUCGAAUGGCGUAGUCCAAUUUUUCUCCCAUCUAAAACUAAGUUUGAAUUUGGGAGAAAAUGCGAAGCAAUAAACACAUAGUUGUGGUGAUUUGCGUCCGGGGCGAAUAAGUGCUCUCUACGAAGUCCGCGCCCGCCUGGUAUGUUUUUUCACGAACCAUCGCGGCUCAUUCCCUAGUUGACAGCGGAAGAAGUACGACGUUUUUGCAUCCUACGCAAACACAGACCUUAUUCUAGUGAAAAUGGCAGAUGUAGCAGCUCAAGCACCCGCGACAAAAUCACCAAAAAAGAAGAUGGCAUCCAAGCCCAAGGCAGCCGCCACACACCCGAAAUACGUUGACAUGAUCCGCGCUGCCAUUGGCAGUUUGAAGGAAAGGAGUGGUUCAUCACGACAAGCUAUCUUGAAAUACGUCAUGGCUAACUACAAGGUCGGAUCCGAUUCGAACAUGGCUAACUCCCGGGUAAAAACCGCCCUGAAAAACGGUGUCAAGUCCGGAGUUAUUAAGCAGGCCAAGGGCACGGGAGCAGCCGGUUCCUUCAAACUUGGUGACGUAAAGGCCGAAAAACCCAAAGUGAAGAAAGCCGCUAAAAAGUCUCCUGCUAAGAAAACGGCCACCGCCAAGAAACCCAAGGCAAAGAAAGCAGCACCCAAGAAAGCCGCUACACCGAAAAAGGCUAAAGCCGCCGGAGCCAAGAAGACAGUAAAACCAAAGAAGGCCAAGUCACCCAAAAAGGUGAAAACCCCUAAAAAGGUUAAAACCGCAAAGCCAGCCAAAAAGGCAGCCCCCAAGAAGAAAGCUGCCGCCAAACCUAAAAAGGCCUAAAUGUCUUUCCCCGAGCUUUAUUGCACGACUGUAAAACGGCCCUUUUCAGGGCCACCCCAAAUUUCCACGAAAGAAUGCCUUUCCAUAUUCUAAUCGAAAAAAUGUAACCAUUUGUCGCAUAGUAAGUGAUCAAUUCACACAUAAAGCCUAUCCCCUGACCUGUCGUGUUUAUUGUCCUAUGUACAUAUAUAUGAAAACCUAAUCAUCCUAUUAUUUCUCACUAAUCACAUUGUAAAUUAAUGCACCUUGUACACAUAACACGUCAUUGUCUGCGAUAUCACCUCGGUGGAAGCGGACGUAAAAUACAACUAACCCAUCAUCAUCUGUCGGGCGAGCACGCAUGCUGAAUACUACUCUAUAAGAGUUUCCAGAUAUUUUAAGUCCUAAAUGGACGCUUUUAGCCGAAAGCGCUAAAUUCUGUUCUUGUGUAUUAAAAUUAGUCCUUAUGCUUGUAACAGGUGGGAAUUGGAGUCGGGUCGCACCACAAAACAGUAU